ACAUUAAGUGCUAUAAUCUCCAUUUGCCUUUGUUCUUUUGAUAAUGUUAUAACAAAUCAGGCAGUUUAAGCAUGUGAUUAAAAAAAAUAUUAUGGUCGUGAUACAUUGUUUUCCACGUAGAACAAUCCCUCCUUAAAAAGUCGCCCUUUAAAGCCUUCCUCUAACCUUGAGUACAAAUGCAAAAAAUCAUCCCCAUCUGAGUUAUCAAUAGGCUGCAUCACCGCUCAUCUUCCCUCAUCAUCUUCCGCACCUUCUCCCUCCCUCCCUGUCUGUCCAUCUCCUCCCUCUGCGCCUUUUUACGCACAAAACAAGUCAGAGCGCGCACACACACGGCUGGCGGAGAAAACAGGAGAGACAAUAGACAAUAGUUUGGGUCACCAUGGUAUUUGGAUUUUUACCGUAGUCAACAUGCGCCCCGGAGUGUGAGGGACAGGUGAACAUCGUGUAAACGCGUCCGUUCGUUCACCGGCCCGAAACUUUCCCCACGUUUUUAAUGUUGCCGACCGAGAUUUCAGGAGGAGUGUGUUUCACCUCAAGCGAUCUUACUGAGGGAAGGAGAGAAGGGAUGAAAACAGAGGAGACCCAGCAGUCCUGUCUGCAGCAGCCUCCAUCCUCAACGCCUUUUGGUCCGGAGUACAGGGGAGGGGGAGAGGUGUGUGCAGGCUGCGAGUCUCCCAUCGCCGACCGCUUCCUGCUGCGCGUGAACGAGCGCUCCUGGCACGAGACCUGCGUCAAGUGCGCAGUGUGUUUAAGCGCGCUCACUGGGACCUGUUACUGCAGGGACCGCCUGCUGUAUUGCAAGCAUGACUAUGAAAAGCUGUUUGUAAGGAAGUGCAGCGCCUGCCUGCAGGUGAUUGGACGUUCAGAGCUGAUAAUGCGCGUGCUAGGCCAGGUGUACCACCUGGGCUGCUUCAGCUGUUGUGAGUGUGAACGCCGGCUGCAGAGAGGUGAUGAGUUUGUGCUGAAAGAAGGCCAGCUGCUCUGCCGCAUGGACUAUGAGAAGGAGAGGGAAAUGUUGGCUGCUAUCAGUCCAACGCCAACAGAAUCAGUGAAAAGUGAGGAUGAGGACGGCGGAGGGGGCUCCGGUGGGGGGAAAGGUGGUGACGAAGGCAAAGAGCACAAGCGGUCAAAACGACCACGCACCAUCUUGACCACACAGCAGCGCCGCGCUUUCAAGGCCUCCUUUGAAGUAUCCGCUAAGCCUUGCCGCAAGGUGAGAGAGACACUGGCUGCUGAGACUGGACUGACAGUGCGAGUUGUGCAGGUGUGGUUUCAAAACCAGAGGGCCAAGAUGAAAAAGAUAGCUCGUCGACAGCAGCAACAGCAGCAACAGCAGCAGGAACAAGAGCAGCUGGGAGGAACCAGGAGAGGACAAAGUAGAGGGGGCCGCCAGAGCAAUGAUGACAGUGAGGAUGGAUCCAGUACUCAUGGCAUGGAUGGGAUGCUGGGCUAUCCCUCUCUGCCACGUCAGCAGCUACUUGCUCUGGACCCUAACAUCUACGGUGGAGAACCGUUUCGACACGGGCUUACACCACCUCAGCUGGGCAGUGAGCAGCUCCACACCUAUGACUCAGAGACAGUGUUCCACGACCUGGACAGCGAUGGAAGCCUCGGUCACCUUGGUGACUGCCUCUUAGCAACAGGGGACGGCGGUCUCCUGCCAGGGCGAGUGGGAAACCCCAUUGAUCGUCUCUACUCCAUGCAGAACUCCUACUUCACCUCCUGACCCUUAUAAACUCUCACCCUUUCCCCUCCUGAUCCACCUUUCACCUCAGAGAUGCAGCUAAUGGAGUCUGUCUAUCAACAUGCCUGUGGGACCACUCUCCAUGAAACAGCCUACACCCAAACACACUUCUGAGCUUUUAUCACAGGCUAAGAUCAUCACAAAUCAGGCAUAGUCAAAAUAUCACUUUGCAGCAGAUUGCAUAAUGUUCCCACCAUCUUUCCUAGAUAAGAAUCACAUGCUGGAAAUACAGACACUGUAAUGUCCAAGAUAUGUUAAAGGACCUCAAUUUCUCUUGUUGUAUUUAUGUGAUGUUCAAUGAAACACAUUUCAUGGCACUUUCCAACAAAAAAACUGACAAACAAAAGACACUUAUCAAACAUAUUAAUAUGUAUAUCAUGAAUUACAGACUAAAAUUGGUUGUUGAACGUGAAUUCAUCAAUCAAGUUAUGUGUAUUUAGGAGUCUUUGCAGGUCUUAUGAGCAGCUGAGGGUCUAAGUUAAAUUAGUAUAUUGCAUAACUUCUUUUUGUUGACAGGACUAGUGAUUAAUUAUUGUGCGUGUAAGACUGCAGCGUAUACAAUACUGUAUAUGGAUUGGAGUACAAUUUUGCUCUCAGGUUAGUGUGUAUGUUUAUGUAACCUGAGCCAUAACUCAGGAUAUUGUGCUGGAUAGGCUUACGAUCUAAGUUGCCCAAUGAUUUCAAGAACAUAGAGCGUAAAGGAAGAAAGAGGAGGAAGAAACUCUCGAUAUAAAAUUAUCAUUUCAAACUACAUUUAGUUUUUGAUAAUGCAUGACAAAUGACAGAUAUAAUAUGGACCAAAAAAAAAAUCACAUUUUUUAGCAUUUAGACAACACUACAGGGUAAUUUGAAGAGCCUUAUGCGGAAACAGGGUUGUAUAAGUUAUUAUUGCUUUAGCUUUCCCUUUUCUUUUAUCACAUAAUCACUACACAGCACAGUAAAUGACAACCAAUAGAACUAUAAUGCCCAAAACUUAGGACACUAGGUACAUGAAGAUGUACUCCAAAUGUAAAUGUGAGUAUGACUGUGUUACAGUUAAUUGUUGUAGUCACUUUCUGUAAUUAUUUCUUUCUCAAACAUCUCAAAUUAGAUGUUGUUAGGUAGAUAUUUUGUACCUUCUUCUGUGAUAAUCAGCAAAUAUUUAAACUGUAGCAUGAUAUCUAUGUGUCACAAAGUAGGUCUUAAGAAAUAGCCUCCAAACUGAUGUUGGAUAGCAAGUGUUUUCUGAAAGCAUCAGGAUCCGGCUCACAAUGUGGCGCAGAAUAAAAUAGGAUUAGGGUGAUACCCGUUUCAUUUAGGUGCCUGUGAUCGGCUACAGCUUGUGACAUUCUUUUAUGACAUUAUGUUUGACUCUGAUCACUGACUCAUGGUAUUUCUACAGUGAUAUUUUUGUGAAUGUAACUUAUUUGUGUGGUAUUAGGCGAGAUCCUAUCUUACUUUUUUCGUUCAGUGACUGCCAGGUGAUGUGCUUUGAAUGUAAUGUUGCCGUAUCUUCAAUACAAACUGCGGUUUCAUCUUUGAA